UGUAUGGGUUUUCACAGCCUGUGUUGUGCUCGGGGUCGCGCAGCUGCAGAGGCCCCAGUGGGCGGGACGGGACGCGGGCCCGCGCCUCAGGUACCGGGAUAGCGGCCACCAAAGGGCGGCCACGGUGUAAAGGAGGGGGAGAGGACACUUCACCAUCACCAUCAUGUCGGAGCGACAGGGCGUCAAGGGCUGCAGUGGCGCCGCCGCAGCCGAGGAGCGGGGGGAUGAGGAGGAGGAAGAUGCGGCGGCGGCGGCUGCAGGCGCCAGGGCCGGCCGCGACCUAAAGGAGUGGCUGCGGGAGCAGUUCUGCGACGGGGCGGCGGAGGAGGGCACGGCGGACACCCGGCUGCACGACGCCACCUACGUGGGGGACCUGGCCACCGUCGCCGCCCUGCUGAAGGAGGACCACUUCAGGAGGAGAAUCAACGAGAAGUCGGUCUGGUGCUGUGGCUGGCUGCCGUGCACUCCCCUGCGCAUUGCUGCCACUGCGGGCCACGCUGACUGCGCAGACUACUUGCUCAAGCAAGGAGCUGAGGUGGACUUGGUUGAUGUCAAGGGACAGACUGCGCUGUACGUGGCUGUUCUGAAUGGCCAUGUGGAAUGUACCCGCAUCCUCGUAAAGGCAGGUGCUGACCCGAAUGGAAGUUGCCACCACCGCAGCAAGCCUGUGUAUCAUGCCUCCCGUGUGGGCAGAGCGGACAUCCUCAAAGAACUAAUCAAAUAUGGUGCUAAUGUUGAUGUUGAUCAUCAUUUAGCCAGUCGACUCUCAGCACCUGCUGCUCGAAGAUUUACAUCACUAGGAGUGUGCCCACUCUAUAUCAGUUCUGCCUAUCAUCAUCUCCAGUGUUUCAAGUUGUUACUGAAAGCCGGAGCUAACCCCAAUUAUAACUACUGGGGACAGGUGGAUGUUAAGGCCUUUCCCAGGGCUUCGCCCAUCUGCAUUCUGGAUGCGGUCCUGCGGCAUGGAUGUGAUGUACAAUUUGUAAAACUUUUGAUCGACUUUGGUGCUAACCUCAACCUGGUUAACUGGGAGGGCUUGGAUGCUGAAACAAUGGGCCGCAUGAAGGUGAAGGAGGAGGCCUUGCAGUUCUUCAGAACAGCAAAAGGUACUCCUAGGACAUUGACCUCUUCCUGCCGCGUAGUCAUUCGCAGAGCCCUGGGGAAGUUUCGUCUUGAUCUGAUCCAAACACUGCCUAUACCAGACACGGUCAAAAUCUUCCUGUUACAUGAAGACACCUGAAUGAGGAUCACAUCUUGCUGCUCUGCAGGAUUUCUGUUGGAUUGAAACUUCACUGUGCUAAUCUGGGGCAGCACUAUCACAGGAAAUUCUGGUUUCUGCCUCACUAAUACAAUGUAAUGUAUCUUUGAGAGCGAUGUUUUGCUUUCCUGUUCUUUAUUCUCCAUGUAAUAGUUCAAAAGAUUUGUCCUGUUAUGAUUCAUGGAAUUCUGCAUUCAUGGCAUUUGUAAAAAGAACAAACAAUUCACAAAGAAAUGGCCAUGUCCUCAAUCAACAACAAUGUCGGCAUAAAACAAGCCUGGAAUAAUAUCCAGUAUCUCUUGGCGAAUUUAAGGCAUCAAUCAAUCUUCGUAACAUUAGGUAGGUUAAUCAAACUAGUCGCUGAAAUCCUCAUUGAAUUCCUACCUUGUUGAUAACAAAAAGGAUAUUUUGGAAUUUUCCGUGAGUACAUACCUGGUGGAAUAAGCAGAGUGAUUUCACUUGUGAUAAGCAGAGGCAUUAGCUGUAACGUUACCAAUAGAAACAUAGAGACAUAGAAAAUAGGUGCAGGAGUAGACCAUUCAGCCCUUCGAGCCUGCACCGCCAUUCAAUAUGAUCAUAGCUGAUCAUCCAACUCAGAAUCCCAUCCCGGCCUUCUCUCCAUAUCUUUUAUCUGUUCUACAUUGGGAUGAAUCCCAAUUCAUUUUACAUGAACUUCCAAAAGAUUGAAAAUGGUGUAGGUAUAAUUAAUUAAACUAAUGGAACAAAGUACGGUUUCCUCUGAAAUGUUUUACAAAAGCACUGUUAGAAGUGGGGCAACAUAUUGCUUACUCCCUGAUGACUUUGGUUUGAGUUGAGCAACAGCAAUUGGAUAAAACUCUUGUUCUGUCAGGUCAAAUACAGCAAGUUAUCAUCUUUUUUUAAUUAUUGUGUAUUCACAUGAAGUGACUAUUAUUGGUAAGGCUAGUAUUUAUCUGCUUGCAUGGUUUGGGAGUUGAAUGUAACCUUUGUUCCAUCUUGAAGAAAUCUGCAGUUUGUGUUGAGGUUUUGACAAUUUUUCUUAUAGCAUGUUGGCCGACUUGGUUGUACUCACUAGACACAGUACAUAAUGAAUGCCUCUUCCAAGUCAUGGCAUAGCUGGUCCACCAAUUUAAUUGUUCAGCUACUUAUCACAAAUGAUGCAGAAAUUAGGAAGCAGUGUUUGUUUUUGUUAGGUAUGCACAUGGCAAUGAGAUGCUUUGGGUAUUAGGUGCCACAGUAGAUUUAUCCAUAUAGAUGUAAUGAUGGACACAUAGUUAUGAUGAUUUGUCGAUAUGCUCUUGCUAAAAGUACUGAGCAUCGCUAUCUACCUUGAGUUAUUGUCACACAUUAGUUCUUUUUUAGCUUAACCUGUGAUUUAUACCUCUUAAUGCUCUCUGGUUUAUUCAUUUACCACUGUAGUAAUUCCUCGAUUUACAAAGGGUUCUGGAAAAUGUUUCAUUAAAUUAAUAAGAAAAACCUUUUGGAUUUACAAAAUUUAGCUUGAAGAUACACAUUUGGGUUGUGUUACAGAACUUGCAAUUAAAAGAAUCUACAAUGAUUGGAAAUAAAAUAUAAUUUAACGUGUAAGAUAAUGACAAAUAAUGUCCCUUUUUAGGUUGAAGAAGUGGUGGCUCUGAUUGUUGGAAUGGUGGAAGGGAGGUGAGAAGUUGAGGUGUUACUGGUGUUCAUUUGCUGUUGCUGGUGAAUCUGGGUUCAGUAGACAUUGUGACAUUGAUGCAAGGAUUAUUUUGCGUGACUUUUCCUGGCUGGUUGAAGAACAAGGCUUUAAGGAGUUUUCAGUAAAAAUCUGGUUGGCUAUCCUUUCUCACCAGAUAAAGUUCCUUACGGCAAAUGGUGGGGGUAGUUUGUGUUGCUUGGCUUUUGUUCCUCUUGAGAUCCCUGUUGCUUGAGCGCUAAUAUCUUAUUUUUAGCUCUGCAGCAUAAGAUUCCAUCGUUUGCCAUGUCACAUUGAUUUACUUCAAAUUGAUUGCCAACUUGACAAUAUUUUCUCUGAGAUUUUUCAGGUUUGUUAACCAUUACUGUUGCCUAGGUUAUAUUAUCCCAAGAGAUACUGUUGUAGUCUUUGGCUAUCUUGAUAUUGUACCUCGUCCCAAAUUUCCAGAAUGGUUUGUUUGCCUUUGCAGUUCAACUCCAAAAUGGCAUACCUCAUUACAGGCUACAGUUAACAAGCCUAGAAGGUAAUAGUAACCACCUUUUGUAACAGCAGAGUGGUGUUAGGGAUACUGUAACUAUCUGGAUGUUACCAGCCAUUUCCUGCUUAUGCAUUGGCAACAAUGAACAAGGCUUUGUUGUCCAGUUUAUUCCCCACACAACAGGAUUCAGUGAAGUGAGAGAGAAAUGAAGUAAUGUAAUCUUGGAAUAACAAGGUUUGUCUUUUUUUUGUUGCAUUGCUACAUCACUAGAAGAUUAGUUGCUGAAUAUUCCUCUAGAGCCCUCAGAUUUUCUGCGUGAUAGACUAAGGGAGACUAAAGUUCACAGUUGCCCUCAAGGAGACUGUAAGUCCAAUGAGAAAUGUCAGUGAUCUUUCACUGUCAUAAAAUCUGGAACAUUUUUCUCGUGCCUUAAAUGAACAGAUGUGAGGACAUUCUCUUCCGAAGGAGCCCUUUCUCAUCCACAUUAAAUACUUGUUUAGGAGAGAGGACAGCAUCUUCAAUAAUUAAUGUUGGCUCCUUGGAAUGAUUUUCUACAAGCAGACGUUUAAUUAUGUAUUCAUUUCUUACAUCAUUACAUGUCUUUCCUUCAUAACAGGCAAUGCGCUUUCUGGAUACAAAGUGGUAUUUUGUCCAGGUUUUAAGGAUUUUGAUUGAAUGACCAAUAAACAUUCAUCCUUUUUUCACUUCUAUAACUUGGAUUCGGCAUGGUAUUAAUGCAAAUGUGUUGCUUAGAACAACUGCUGGAUGUUUUGAUGCCAUCUUGAAGGUUGCACAAAAUAAAUUUCAUUAAAUCAUUGCAAUAUUUUUAGAGUGCAUUACGGGCAAAGACUUUUGUAUUAUUUUCAACAGCAAACAGUAAUUCCAUAAAUUAAAGACCCAUAACCCCCAAAGAGCAAAUUAUGUUAUGGUGAAAAUUUGUAAAUUGAGUAAUUGGUAUACAUCACAAGCACACUAUCAACUAAAUUUCAUAUUAUCACAACGCCAUUACUGCCAUAAUGUACUUUUUUUUCAGUAUAAGGGUGUCAAACACCUCUUGUUCUUUUAUGAACUAUUUUUAACUUUCAUUGUGUCAUCAUGUUAUCUUAAUGUGGGCUCUGUACAAGUCAAUCUAUAUUAGAAAUCUUUUUUUAAACUCUCCAUAGUUUUUAUGCUGUUUGACCCUGGGCAUCUUCCUUAUAUGAGCUAAGAUCUCGUUGCUCAAUUAUUCUCUUCGCAUAUUUAAUAUUGAAUCAGCUGUAAUUUGUGAAGUAUGUUGUGGAAUACAGGUUAUACCUUAGGAACAAUCAAUUGAAGUAACUUCCAAUAUUAGUGUGUAUUCUGUUCUGAUUCCUGUGCCUUGCUUGGCACUAAGGAACAAUUUCUUGAAGUCUCAUCUCCAAAAUAUUUGCUGAUCGUGGCAUUUAUCUCUUUGAAGUGGCAAUUGGUAUAUCUUUAUAUAGGAGUAUUGACUGCUGGUUGUCCCUGUAUUUAAAAAUAAAUUGGAUAGUUAUAUGGACGGGAAAGGUAUGGAGGGUUAUGGUCUGAACGCAGGUGUAUGGGACUAGGGGAGAAUACGUGUUCGGCACGGACUAGAAGGGUCGAGAUGGCCUGUUUCCGUGCUGUAAUUGUUAUAUGGUUAUAUGGUAUGUUGUAAUACCAAUUAGCCUGCUGGAAUCCUUCAGUCCUUUAUGGUAAUUUCAAGUUUUUCAGUCUUUGUUUUGGCAUUGUUUCUUCAGUAUGCAAAAGAUGCGUGAAUGAUGACAUAAUGUGAAUUUUGAAGAUUUGAAUUUCUAGAUGAUGGCAGAUGGGAUUUGAGCAUCAAUUGUGUUAACUUUUCCAAACAUUUUUUUUAUACAGCAGAUUAUCUAGGGUAUUGUGGUAAAGUGCAAAGGUUUUGUGGUUUUCUUUAUCUUCUUGUCAAAUUAUGUGAGGGUAUUUGGUGGUGAUUCUCUCAAUGUUAUUUGGUUAUAGAUUUGAGAACUACCUUCAUUCUUGAUCUGAUGAAUGGCCUUUCACUUUGUAUUACUCAAAGUUUUGAACCAACUGCUGAUUUUCUUCAGCCUAUUCUCCUCUGUAACUUCAGGCUAUGGGAUAACUUGACUUCCGAAUACCUUUCCAAGUAUCCAGGAAGUGGGACUUAGGCGGCACAGUGCAGAGGUAUAUUUUCUGCCUUACAGCCCCAGAGACCCGGAUCCGAUCCUGACUGCGGGUGCUGUCUGUAGGGAAUUUGUACGUUCUCCCAGUGACCAUGUGGGAUUUGUGUGUGACUUUUUACAAUCUAUAUUUUUAGCUCCAAUGCUGGCUUCAAACUGCACGUUUUUCCUCGUCACUUUUUCAUCUCGUGUUCCUGAGGUUUGCCAGCAUGUUCUUUGAAAUAGCUUCCAAUCAAUUCUUUGCGCAGGCUCUGCAUUUUGAACUAUACCUGUUGCAAAGGAUGUUCUUACUUGGUAUAAGUUUUUUUCCAAAGUGGGGAAUUUCUUGCAAUGAAAAAUUGCACUUGACAUUUCACAUUUCAUUGUUUUUCAGCCUGCUUAUGCACAAGGUGGAAUUUACAAAUUAAAUGCACUUGACUGCCCAGUCCACUAAUUCCUAGAUUUCAUUUGUACCCAAGAAACGCUCAGUUUCAUCAGAAAUAUAUGCACCAGUCUUUAUUAUUGGCCGAAUUCUGUGCUAAAGAAUUUCAGAGAUUUGCAACAGAAACAGAAAAUGCUAGAAACACUCAGUAGGUCAGGCAACAUUUGUGAAAAGAGAAACAGUUGAUGCUUCAGGUUUGAGACCGAUUGCCAGAUUUAUAUUUUUUCUAUUUUAAUUGACAAAUUCAUCUAUUCCCUUUUACUCUUGCUGCUUAUUUCCUCACCAUGUGGAGAGCGUGAGAAGCAGAUUUAGGAUUGUAUGAUGUUGAGCACUAGUUGAUGCCGCACACACUGGACUGUAUGUAUAGUUGGUAAAAUUUGCUGCACAGGGAUCAUGUGGGGCUAUACUAUAAUGUAACGGGCAAUUAAAAUGGGUGGAGACUGACAUGCAUUUCAGCUGAUGUUUUUUUGUGGAAAAGAGGGAAGUAAAAUUCUAAAUACUUUAAGUUUAGGGAAUCACAGCGAUGCAGCUGGUAGAGCCAUGCCUCACUGCUCCAAUAACCUAGUUAGUGUGGAAUUUGCACAUUCUUCCCGUGACUGCGUGGGCUUAUACUGAUUUUGUUCUGAUUUCCUCUUACAUUCAAAAAUGCAGGUCGGUAGGUACAUUUCUCCUAGUGUAUAGGUAUGUUAGAAUCUGAGGAUAGCUUGGGUAGUUGAUGGGAAUAUAGGAGAAUGACAUGGGCUUGAAUGGGAUUUGUAUAAAAAUGGGUGGUUAGUAGCUGCAUAGACUCAGUGUGCCAAAAGGCUUGUUUCUGUGCUGUGUCUAUGACUGAAAACCGACAAGGGAUGAAACAGCACUGAAAAACAUCUGACAGUGUAAAGUGUAACAAUCUUCCUUGCAUGGUGAAACGCAGCGGGUGCAGCAGCAUCUAUGGAGCGAAGGAGAUAGGUAACGUUUCGGGCCGAAACCCUUCUUCAGACUGAUAGGGGAUGGCGGGGAGGAGGAGGAGGAGCCCGAGGGGUGGGGGAUGGGAGGAGACAGCUCGAGGGCUAAGGAAGGGGAGGAGACAGCAAGGGCUAACAAAAUUGGGAAAAUUCAAUGUUCAUGCCUGCCGGAUGCAAGCUCCCCAAGCGGAAUAUGAGGUGCUGUUCCUCCAAUUUCCGGUGUUACUCACUCUGGCAAUGGAGGAGACCUAGGACAGAGAGAUCGGAUUGGGAAUGGGAGGGGGAGUGGAAGUGUUGAGCCACCGGGAGGUCAGGUAGGUUCUUGCGGACCGAGCGGAGGUGUUCGGCGAAACGAUCGCCCAACCUCUGCUUAGUCUCACCGAUAUAGAUCAGCUGACAUCUAGAGCAGCGGAUGCAGUAGAUGAGGUUGGAGGAGAUACAGGUGAACCUCUGUCGCACCUGGAACGACUGCUUGGGUCCUUGAAUGGAGUCGAGGGGGGAGGUAAAGGGACAGGUGUUGCAUUUCUUGUGGUUGCAACGGAAAGUGCCCGGGGAGGGGGUGGUACGGGAGGGAAGGGAAGAAUUGACAAGGGAGUUGCGGAGGGAGCGGUCUUUGCGGAAGGCAGACAUUGGGGGAGAUGGGAAGAUGUGGCGCGUGGUGGGGUCACGUUGGAGGUGGCGAAAAUGACGUAGGAUUAUUUAACAACAAAUAAUUGAGUUUAGAGAUACAGCCCGGAAACAGGCCCUUUGGCCCACUGAGUCCGCACCGACCAGCGAUCCCCACACAUUAACACUAUUCUAUACUAGGGACAAUUUUUUUUACAUUCAUACCAAGCCAAUUAACCUACAAACCUGUACGGUUUUGAAGUGUGGGAGGAAACCAAAGUACUCGGAGAAACUCACGCAGGUCACGGGGAGAAUGUACAAACUCCAUACAGAUAAGCACCUAUAACCUGCAUCGAACAGGGGUCUCCUGCGCAAUAAGUGCUG